AGUGACGGGAAGGAAAAGGAAUACCAGGAGUCCUCGAGUUCACGUCCUCCGCUCAUUUAAAGCCACCACAAAUAUGACUCUGUGUUUGGACCAGAUCAGGGGCACAUUGGGUCUUUUUCAGGCUGUUUUUGUGACAGAAUGAAACAUAGACUUGCUGCUGGUCUGUGGAGCUUGGUUCUUCGGGAGUUUCCAGUCUGAGACACACCUUCUCAAAACGUGUCACUCAAAACUCAAAUCCGCAGAGGAUUUAUUUCAUCCUCGGAGUGUUUCCUCUGAUAAAAAACAGAUGUGACAAUCAAGACCCGUUUUUUCUUCCUGCUGUAGAGUUAAACACUGAAGAGGCAUGGCUGCAACUUACGCGUCCGAACUGCGGAUCGCAAUGUUUGGGAAAAGCUUUGAGGACAUGACGACUUUGGCCAAUUUCAUCUCAGGAAAAAUGGCGUCUCCAGAUCAAACUAAAACGUGCUAUGUUCAUGGAAUCUGGAAGCGGACACCGUUUGUCAUCUUUAAGGCGAAGUACUGGCAGAACCCUCAUAAAAUAAAACAUGAGAUCAAACAAUGUAUUGCCAGCUGCCCCCCUGGCCCCAACACUCUGCUGCUGCUCGUUGACCCAGACGACUUCGCAGAGCUCGAUGCCAAAAGACUGGACUUUAUCCUGGGCUUUUUUGACAAAGACGCCUUCCAGUUUUCCUUGAUGGUAACGACCCAGGACAGUCUGAAUAUGUUUGUACAGAACAUAAACCAGAAGUGCAGUCAGAGGCACCACAGUAUCAACCUGAAUGUGAAACGCCGCCCCGUUCACCGCAUCCAGGAGCUGAUGCAGAAAUGUGAGGACCUCGUGAACCGGAACCGCGGGCAGCACCUGAGCCUCAGCACGGCCCCAGUGUCUGAGCAGAGUCCAGGGGUAAACUCAGAGAAAUCAGUCUUACCGCAGCCAUGCGAGGAGCUGAAGGAGCAUCAAACUCCUCUAGGGGCCAAGCCCGGUCCAGUUUUACCAAACCAAAGCCUCCAGAGGCUUGAAGCUCAUCGACAUAAACCCCUGAAUUAUGUAGAACCUUUCUCCUUUGCACAGCCCCUGAAUAUCGUACUUUGUGGAAGGUUUCCAGACUUAAAAACAUUAGUAUUUCAUGCUAUUUUAAAACCAAAUUUAUCACCUGACAAUUUUGUUCCUCAAAGAAACAUAUGUGGGCGCAGAGUUUCUGUUUUAGAUCUUCCAGCCUUGUGCAGAAUACCAGUGGACACUGCAAAGAAAGAGGCUUACAAGUUGAUCUCGGCCUGUCAUCCUGAGGGCGUCCACACCUUUGCCCUUGUUCUGCCAGUUGGGCCCAGCAGCAUAGAGGAUAAACUGGAGUUAGAAGCUCUCCAAAGGUCCUGUGGACCCCAUGUUAACACUUUAACCAUGAUUCUGUUCACAGUGGACUCUGAAAGUGCAGCUGCAAACAUCAGUAACUAUGUUCAGUACAACACAGAGAUACAAACCCUGUGCCGUGGCUGUGCAGGGCGCUAUUUCAUAUUUAACAUUAACAACAACAGACAGGUCCCAGAGCUGCUGACAAUGGUGGGCCACAUGAGCCGGAGAAGGUCCUUGACACAAGAACUGUUCUUCUCUCCCACUCCCGCUGUGACCCAGAGCACAUCUCUGAGAGUGGUGAUGGUGGGAAAGACCGGCUCUGGGAAAAGUGCAACAGGAAACACCAUUUUAGGGCGAGAUGAGUUUUCUUCCAAAAUGUCUCAGAAUUCAGUGACUCGGCUGUGCAGAAAAGCAGAGGGCACAGUGGAAGGGCGCGCCAUAGAAAUCGUAGACACACCCGGUUUGUUCGACACCACUUUAACAAACGCUCAGGUCCAACAGGAGCUGGUAAACUGCAUUAGCCUGUUAGCUCCUGGGCCACAUGCCUUUCUAAUGGUGAUGCAAAUCGGACGCUUCACCACAGAGGAACAAGAAACCGUCAGUCUCAUCAGAGAUUUCUUUGGAGAAGGAUCUGAACAGUUCAUCCUUGUUUUGCUCACAAAAGGAGACGAGCUGCGAGACACCUCCAUAGACACUUACCUCGGAGACGGCACCUCUGUCCGAAAGGUGAUCAAUGAAUGUGGAGGGAGGUACCACGUUUUUAACAACAACAAUCCAGAGAACCGCAAACAGGUCAGAGAGCUGAUCCAGAAGAUUGAAUACAUGGUGAAUGAAAACAAAGGAGGCUGCUACACGUCUGAGAUGUUUGAAGAGGCAGAAGAUGCAAUAAAGAAAGAAACAUACAAAAUACUUAAGGAAAAAGAGCCAGAGAUAGAAAAAUUAAAACAAAAACUAGAACUGAAACUUUCUCAGGAUCUCAGAGUGGUACAAGAGGAGAAGUCUGAAACGCCAGAAAAAAUGCUACGCAUCGCCAAAGAUCUCUCAGAAAUCGAGGAGAAUUAUGAAAAAGAGAAGCAGAAGAAGAGGAUGGAGCAGGGGGAGAGGGAGCAAGAGGAACAGAUGAAGAAGCUCGAGGAGGAGACGCAAAAAAGACAGUUUGAAAUAAAGUGUGAACAUUUACAAAGACAGAUUGAGUCAGAUCCGAAAAACACAGCUCUCUCUGAAAUGAUGAUGAUCACGAUGGCAAUGGAGGAGGUACAGAAGGAGAUGGAAUCCAGGGAGAGAGAGAGACGCGAGUGGUGUGAGAGGCGGUACGAGGAGGACAAACGAAGGCGCAUGGAAAAACGGGAACGUUAUGAAAAAAUCCAACGGGAAUAUGAACAAAAGCAGCAAAAGUACAAGGAACACGAGGCAGCACGCCGGACGGAGGAGAUGGAUCGCAAGCACAGAGAGGAAAAUCUACUGGAAAAAUAUCGACAGGAGCUGGAGAGGAUCAGACGGGACUAUGAGUCUGAGGCCAGGAGGCAGGCAGUGAUGUCCAAUGAGUUUCAAAACAAGUACGCCGAAGUGAAGGCCAAAGAGAGCGACCGUCUGAAUGUAGAUUUCAUGUUACUCAAAAUAAACCAAAACAAAAGUAACAGAGAGAACUUCAACUUGCUGAAAGCGAGACAGAAGAAGGAGAUGAAGACAUUGCAAAAGAGUUACUGUGGGGAUAACAGAGUGUCGGGUCUGCUCCAGACCCGACACGAGGAGGAAGUUCAAGUCUGGAUCAGGGACCGUGUUGACUCUGCCAUGGAAAACAAGGUCUGCACUAUCCUGUGACCUACGAGGGGCAUGUAGCUUAUUAGCUAGUUCAUUUUUUGCCUCUGCUGUUGGUAGAUGGUGCGCUAACUCCAGAUGCCAGGACAGGGAGCGCUGAAGCUGGAAAAUAAAUAUUUCUAUAUUUAUUUACGUUGAAAAAUAUGAAAUGCCAAAAUGACCCUCAUGUAUACAAAACACCUUCAGGCCAAAACGAC